UUAGAAAAUAUUAACAUUACUUGGAUCUGUCCACUCAGUAAAGUACAUACAAUCAAAUCCUUCAGAAAUGGCUCGUUUCCUACAAAUCUUGCUCUUCGCCUGUUUGGCUUUCGCACUCUGCGCCGCUGAAGCUCCACGUUAUCGUGGACGCAAUGGACGUCUUCAACUCUCCAGGCAACGCAGCCGUUUCUUGGCACGUCAAGAAGCUGCUGAGGAAGCAGGCGUGACUCCAUAUCCUUCCAAAAAAGAACUGAUUCCAGAGAUUCCAUUCGAUGAAGCCGCCGCCGCUGCCGCACCUGAACUUCCCGUUGAACCUGAGGCACCAGCUGCACCAGAAGGUGACAUAAACGUUUCUGUGGAUGUUGAUCUUCCAGCCGAACAGGAACCAGCCGAGGAAGAAGCUGAUGAAGCCGUGGCUGUCGAUGAUGCUGAGGGUGAACACGAACCAGACCUCAUUUAUGGCCCACCAGAGGCUGAGGAUGUGCCUGCUGUAAACGAAAUUACCCCCGUUGAGGAAAUCGAAGAAACUAUCGCUGAGGAAGAGGAGGAACAAGCAGCUGCUGAGGAAGCUAUCCAAUCUGAACGUUUGACUUUCGGUCGUCGCUUCAACACACGCAAAUCCGCUCGUCCAGCUAAGUUGCGCGCCGCCGUUCGUGCUCGUGCCACCUCUGCUAAAUCGGCAAGAAUUGUUAAGGCCAAGGUUACAACCAAAGCUCGCCCAGCUCGUCUUCAGCAAUUGCCUAAACAACAACAACGUGUGCGACAGUGGUAAAGACUUGUGGGUCCCAGACAAUCCCAAAAGCCAUUAUAAAUACAAUAGUAUAGAAAAUUGUUAACAAUUAAAAUUAGGAUGUAAAA